UAGUAAGAGAGUCCUUUUCUUUGCGUUUCAUUUUCAACACUGACACCCACCUCCAGCACCACCUCCUUCACACACACCGAUAUACCAUUUUUACACUCCACAGAUUUCCCCACAAAUAUGUCUUCUAUCGAUAAUUUUGCUGACGUUGAAGUACCAGCUGUUGGAAUGGGAGCGCUUCCUGCCCGACGCCGCCGCCGUCGUGGCCGUUCCAGCCGUCGGCGCCGACCUUCUCAUGCUUUUAGCAGCGAAGCUGCCACCACUGACGGCGGUAGCAGCUUUGGAUUAUCUGACUCCGAUGCGCAGUCCUCCGCGCGUCUCGAUUCAUCCGUCGCCGGUGACGAAUGUGGGUCUUCUGGAAUCUUCUCCUACAAUCACAGCCGCAUGGAGUCAUCAUCAGAUGAGAUUGAUUUGGAGAGUGGGGAAUUGGAGAUGAAGGUGCAUUCUUCUAUUAAAAACGAGAAACAAUGUCGAAUUUGCCAUCUGAAUUUUGAGGUUAGUGACGUUGAUCAGGCGGAGGAUGAGGAUGAUGGUGGUGGUGGUUGCGGUGGUGGUGAUCCAAUUGAGUUGGGGUGUAAUUGCAAGGGGGAUCUGGGUGCUGCUCACAAACAAUGUGCAGAAACUUGGUUCAAAAUCAAGGGAAACAUGACUUGUGAGAUUUGUGGAGCGAUUGCACAAAAUGUUGGUGGGGAUCAGACAAAUGAGGCGAGCAAUGCAACCGUUGAAACAGAGGUGGUUGAACGAUCAGCCACCGGCCCCAUGGUGGUGGCUACCGAGCCACGUAACUUCUGGCAGGGUCGCAGAAUCAUGAAUAUCUUGUUGGGUUGCAUGGUUUUUGCAUUUAUCAUUUCUUGGCUUUUUCACUUUAAUGUAUUGCCUUAAUUCAGAUUAUUUUAUUUAAAAAAAAAAAAAAAAAAAAGUAACAAUUGAUGUUUCUUAGUGUAUGUGUGUAUGGAAUGAACGUUGGAUUACAAAAGUGUACAUAUACUUGUAAGUUGUAAGCCUGGAAUUAUAUGUUUCAUGAUCUUUUCGAGUUCAA